AGACGUAGCUUUGUAGCAAGACUUGGUGGCAGCAACCACAGUGGUUUUAGUUACCAGGAAAAGACACAUAAUAAACACUGAAGGGUUUCCUGCCUGAACUUCAGGCAAGAAGUAUACCAACACUGACAAAAAAACAAAAAGAAAAGUCCACUCCAAUUUCCACACAACUUUGUAAAUAAACCAAAGGGUUUUGGACGUUCUGUUCUGUGGAGCGAUGGAUUAAAACUGGAUCUUUUCAGACCUGCAGAUCAGAGGUACGGCUUGUUAUACUGAAACAUUGCAUUGACUCAGUGAUGCUCCGGGGUUGCCCUGCUUCCUCUGGUACUGGGAAACUGCAGAAUGUGGUUUGUAAGAUGUAUUCAGUCAAGUACCAGACCAUCUUUAGGAAAAAUGUGGUACUACCAAUGAGGAAGCUCAAGUUCGGGGAUCAAUGGAAGCAGAAGGAUCCAAAGCAUAUCUCAAAAUCAGUCAAGACUUGGUUUCAGAAGAAGCCAAGGAAAAUAAAGUGACCCUAAUGGUCGCCUGAAUUAAGAAUAUGAAAGAAGUGGAAAGGAGUAGGCUAAGAUUCUCCAGGAAAGCUAUGAAUCAUGAAUGGCGAAGUUGAUAAAUUGUGCUGUACUAAGUAUGAAAGAUGCUAUUCUGAUGGAGGAAUGCAUUAUUUGUGAAACUGCAGUAGUUAUUGAAAACGGCAUCUUGUGUUUAAUUGUGAAACCUCCCAAUUGGGCAAUGCAAAUUGUUUCUGCUUGGUCUGUUCAUGGGGAAACAUGCAUUUUGCCAGGUGACCUAGUUUCCAACAGAGGUUGAGACUUCAUUUGUGUCCUUCCACAGACUGUAUCCAAACCCUCUCAUCGUCCUCCAACCGGGAAGAUUGCCACUGGCCUGCGCCUCGCAGCUGUUGCAGCUUGUUUUGACUGUAGCUCUUUACCUUGCUGUGUCAUAACUCGCAAUUAUCUCAGUCGACAAACCACAUUCAGGGUGGAAGUCAGCAAACAUGGGGUGAGCGUGACCGCAUAUCUUUCCCAACGAGAAGUUUGCUUCACCAUCCAUCUGCUUCUCAGUAAAGGCAUCAAUGAACUCAUGUUGUCAACAAGAAGAGGUGUAAGAGCUUUUCCAUCUUUUGUUUAGCCAGUGUGUCUGAGCGACAUCACAGACAGCUUUCAUUUCUCACAGCAGCAGAUCCCCGGCAUGUGCAGAGUCAAAUAAGCAAAGUGAGGAAGCAGCUCAGUCCUCUGCCACCUCUCAACAGGAAGGAACAGCUUCUGAACUGUGACUUGCCAAAACCUUACCACCUUUUAUCUUCAGUACCUCUUUAAGAGCCGCGACAUCUUUUGUUCUAAGGAGUCUACGGAAAUAUGCUCUGCAUGCCGCUAGAAAGGGGGAACUACUGCUCAUUCUCCUUAUGCCGCCCCUCCUCUUCUGAGGAACAAGAUCCCCUUCUAAACCCAACCUCCCCUAACCUCUCUACUUUUCAUGUUGUCUGCUUGGUUUUGUUUUGCCACAAACUGCUUGGAUGAGUGCAGGCGGUUCUCAGUGUGCGGACGGCUUGCUGAGACAGGACGUACAGCGUAAGGUCCUUGCUGGUCAUGGGAUGCUGCAGCGUGACUCAGAGGCAUACGGGAGUGGACGAAGUGGGUCCAGAUGAAAUUGAACUGCUGGAACUCUCUGGAGACAAUUUGGGAGUAUGGAGUCUGAGCGAAAACAGAGUUCAGCUGUCGGUGAGGAACAGCAGAGAUGAGCAGCAGCUGGCACCACAGCCGCCGUGUAAAGCCUCAGUGCGACACCUGGAACGGGAGGUGGUGCUGUGGGGCAGGACCAGAGAUGAGCUCCACCACAGGAUUUACUCUCAGCAGCCGAUCAGGGGCUGGGAGGGCCAACCCGCUCAUGUUUACGGAGAGGUCAUCCACUCCUCUGUGGUGUCUCUCUGCAACAACUAUUCAGAGGAACAAAGUGAACGGUUCUUGUUGUUGUUUCCUUUUCACCUUUUAAUCCUCUCCCUGGAUCACUCCCAAGAAGACUUCAUUUACGAGGGUAUACUUCCUGUUUCUGGCCUGUCUGUUCGAGGCGUAUCCCUGCAGCUGGAUGCGUCACAUCCAACACACAUGUUUGAAAUCACCAGUGCAAUGGUGGACUCCAAGGUGUUUACAUGUGCCAGUGCAGGAGAGUCACAGAGAUGGAUUCAGCACAUAGAAGACCGGAGAUAUGAGUCCAUGAUGCAACCCAUGAGUCCCUCCCAGUGUGCUCUUUCUUAUCUUCUGCCUUGUGAUGAAAACUGGAAAAGAGAGGAACUGAAGAAAUAUGUAAUGCAGGCCCCUAUAUGGAACUGGGAGGGCUCACCCAUACACCACAUGGGUCAGCCUGGACACACCUCCAUUGUUCACAUCAUCAACACUCAAAGACAGGGUCUCCAAGAAAGACUGAUGAUUCUCUUUCCUCAAGAUCUCCUGCUGCUUUCUGUGGACAGUAAGAGGCUGCAUAUAAAAUAUGAGGGCAGGUUGGCUAGACAGAGCAUCAAAGCAGUGGAGCGCUCAGCACUUCCUGGACGCUUAGAGUUUGAACUAAGAGGGGAGCUGCUGGAGACGCUGCAGGUCUCCUGCACCUGCGUGGAGGAUUAUCAGGCCUGGAUUUUUUAUCUGCAGCAGCCAGACAGAGACAGCCACAUUAUUAUGAGUCAGCCGCCUCCUCCCUUAGUGCCAAAGCUGCAGAGGAACAGGAAGGAGUCCCAGGAGCCGAUUUUAGCAGGCGACCAGUGUCACAUCAACGGCAGGAGCUGACCUGCAGGUCUCAGGAAAAUCUUUAAAACUGGACUGUUCAAUAUAAGUCCAAAUCAACUUUUAGAUAAAGUAUUUAUUUACUUGGAUGUUUGCCAGAAUAAGGGUGGAAAGUUCUUGUCCUAAUUUAGAUAUAAUUCGCUGAGUUGAUUAUUUGUAAGUACCGUAAAAGAAAGGUUUUACGGUACUAUUUCAUGUGUGAACAGACUGAAACCAGGUCAUGACCUGGUUUUAGAGGAGAGACGGUAAAUAUACAGAGCAGAAAGCCAGGGCUGGAAAUAUUGUACAUUUAUGUAUGUAGAACUUUACUAAUAAACAGUUUUCAAAUAAAGACUCACUUACUGAGCAAUAAACAAGAAUCAGUGUUUAUCUGAGGGUUGGAACAUUUAUAGUAGUGUACAGAAGUCCAGUGUAUAAUGGCAUUAUAUUGACAAUGGCAUCAGGGUUAAAAACCAAAAGCACCGGUGGAAACGAUUCAAAUUCAAAUGUCUCUGCAUAUAAAUUACAGUCACACAAAGAAAACAAGCCAAGUUCUAACUCUUUAUACACAACGCCAUCUACAGUAAAACACAUCAGAAUCUGGGGGAACAUAAAUACAGAUGCCACAACAGCAACAGUUUAAAUUACAACAAACAGCUAUUUGACAGAAAGUCCGAAACAUUGCAUGUGCCACUGGAAAAGUGGAUUAUAGUGGUCCAUAAACAGAUCUCAGCUCAGUCACACUGGGCUGCUCAUCAAAUAAUGCUGACUGAAAGGAGCUACAGUGGAAAAACACUGACUUAAAGCCGGGUCAGAGGUCAGAGCAUGCACAUUUUUUACUUAAGCAUCUGUGAAAGUAAAAUUUAUAUUUUUCACACAGAUUUGUAAAUGGAAUCACUUUCCAACCACACAUCAUGAGCAUAAAUGUCGUAUUAGUUUAGGAAUUCAAAUAAUUGCUUCACAAUUCUAAGAAAAGUCCAGUAGAGUCAGCUCAACCAGGGAGCGAAAUUACAACAUUUGUUACAUUUUCAGCUGGUGUGGUUUGCUUUCUCACUGCACUAUCAAACUAAAAAAAAAACCUUUGAAAAAAUAUGUUCGUCCCCCAGCCUGUGGUGGCGCUGCACCAUGAACCGCUGAAGGAAACGACACAAAAAGACACUGAGCGCAGCUCCCUUCUUCACACAAUGUAAACAAAAUCAGAUUUUAACCGUUGUAGGAUUUAUUUUUGGUAAAUGACCACAAACCAUUUCUUCUGGUGGCGCUAGACUCACACGUUUGCUUUCGUCGUAUUUACCCAGAACGCUCUGUGCUGUAGUCCAUUCCUGCUUUUGGAGCGGUUUCCAGUCCACUUGCAUUCACAUGUAUUUGAACGACACCAGAGUUCACUUCAGCUGAACCGAGACCGAGAUUUCUAGGCAGAUCAGUGUUUGAUUUUUUUGUCUGCAACAGAGUUUAAUUGCGCAUUCCCACCUCCCCAAUUUGGGGAGGUGGGGUUCUAGACAGAUUCUAGUCUGUCUAGAAUCUAGACAGACUAGAGUUUGAUUAACACGGACUAAACAGGGAAUGCACCCUAAAUCCCUACAAGGAUUGGCCCACUGGUAAAAAGUGCAUGCAAUGCUUAUACUACAUAUCCCACAAUGCUCUUCUGGUCCAUUGCUGGACAAGUCAGGCCCCAUUUACUUUAAACACUUUUCCUCGCUACUCCAAAGCAUGGACUUCAGUGACUAGGUUGUUCGGUAUGUCAGUGUUUUUCAGUCCUGGUCCUCAAGGCACAAUGCCCUGCAUGUUUUAGGCAUUUCUCUGCUUCAGCACACAGGAUUUCAAUUGAUCGCUGAUUAACAGGCUUUUACUGAAUUGUAAUCAUCUGAAAGGGAUGUGCUGAAGGGAAACAAGCAGGUCAGGGUGCCUCGAGGACCAGGGUUGGGAAACGCUGCUGUAUAUAAUGACAUAGGGUGUCAAGAUACUUAAACUGGCAGUAUAAUCAGUUCUUGGCCAAAUCAUGAAAAUGCCUAAAGUGAUGUGGGAUUUAUGGAGGUGAAUGUAUGUCAAGGUUUAAGUGGAGCUGAAUAUGUUUGUACACUUUUCAUAGCAAACACGUUAUUUUCCUUAUAUACAGUAAACAAAUAUGAAAAGGUCUACCCUAACCACCGUAUUCUGGUCCGUUCACAAAUUCUUAAAAAACAGCAAAUAUCCCACACAGGAGGUCUUUUUGUCAGUAGUAAACAGUGCAUCAUUAUUUGGGUUUUUAUUUUCAGCAGUGAAAAUUUGGCUACAAUUUACAACAGAAGGAUGAAGUGUUUGAAACUUACAAAAAA